AGAUAAAUGUAUUAAAUGUGAUUGAAACUGUGUAAGAAAGUGCUAAGAUUUGUGAAAUCUUUCUUUUAACUUUUAUCUUCAACUUGGCAUAUAUUCCUGGCUUCAGUUAUCUUUAUCAACAGACAUCAGGAAAAGCUAAUAUACAAGUAAAUAAAUCUUCAAUAUAUUCUCAUCCAAGUAUGCAAGUACUCUAUAUAUAACCUCUUCAAACCUUCAUUUCAUAACUCAUCCAGACCUCAAUUUUCACAAGCCCACAAACUAAAUAACAAAGCUCUCACCUAUUCUAUUCAAUCCACUCUUACAAACUAGAAUGAAAUAUUUAUGUGUAAAAGUCUUUAUGGUCUUGUUCUUAACCUCUCUAGCAAUUAAGCUGAACUUUUGUUUUCCUAGUAUUCCACUAUCACUCAGGACAGUUGUUCUGGAUGGACACCUCAGUUUCACAGAUAAUGAAUUCGCAGCCAAAGACUUUGGUGAUCAGUACCGUUACUCUCCGCUAGCAGUCCUUCAUCCAAAGUCAGUUUCUGAUAUUUCUACUAUCAUAAAGCAUGUUUGGCAGAUGGGUCCAUAUACGGAGCUCAAAAUUGCAGCUAGAGGCCGCGGUCACUCACUUCACGGUCAGUCACAAGCUAACCGAGGAAUUGUUAUUAGUAUGGAGUCACUCUGGAGACAAAAAAUGCAGUUUCACAUCGGAAAAACUUGUUAUGUGGAUGUUUCUGGUGGUGCACUGUGGAUAAAUAUACUGCAUGAAAGCCUAAAAUAUGGCUUAACACCAAAGUCUUGGACAGAUUAUUUACAUCUCAGUGUUGGUGGUACUUUGUCCAAUGCAGGAAUCAGUGGUCAGGCUUUUCGACAUGGUCCACAGAUCAAUAAUGUACAUCAGCUGGAAGUUGUCACAGGAAAAGGGGAAGUGGUAAAUUGUUCAGAAAGUCAGAACACAGACCUCUUUUAUGGUGUUCUUGGAGGACUUGGUCAGUUUGGUGUAAUAACCCGCGCAAGAAUAUCAUUACAACCUGCACCACAUAAGGUCAAGUGGAUCAGAGUGCUGUACUCAGACUUCUCAACAUUCUCCAAAGACCAAGAAUAUCUUAUUUCUGUUGAAAAAACAUUUGAUUACAUUGAAGGACUUGUAAUAAAGAACAAAACAAAUCUUAUGAAUGAUUGGAGAUCAAACUUCACCCCACAAGACUCAGUUCGAGCCAGUCAAUUCAUAUCAGAGGGGAAACUCCUAUUUUGUCUGGAGUUGGCGAAAAACUUCAACCCAGAGGAAACAGAAUCAACAAAUAAGGAAAUACAGAGGUUACUGUCUCAGCUAUCUUAUAUCUCUUCCACACUUUUUACGACAGAAGUUUCAUAUGUGGAGUUUCUAGACAGAGUUCAUACAUCCGAGAUCAAACUACAAUCAAAAGGCUUGUGGGAAGUUCCACACCCCUGGCUCAAUCUUUUCAUUCCAAAAAGCAAAAUCAACAAGUUUGCUCAAGAAGCCUUUGGCAACUUGCUAAAGGAUACAAAUAAUGGACCUAUUCUUGUCUAUCCAGUUAACAAAUCAAAGUGGAAUAACAGAACUUCUUUGGUUCUUCCAGAUGAAGAUAUAAUCUACCUAGUUGCAUUCCUAUCUCAUGCAGUUCCCUUAUCAAAUGGAUCAGACAGCUUAGAGCAUAUAUUAAAACGGAACAAACAAAUUCUAGAAUUUUGCGAGAGUGCACAACUUGGAGUAAAGCAGUAUCUGCCACAUUACCAUAAGCAAGAAGAGUGGAUGCACCAUUUUGGUCCCAAAUGGGAAGUCUUUGCAAAGAGAAAAUCAGCUUAUGACCCUCUGGCACUUCUUGCUCCUGGACAGAGAAUAUUUCAGAACAAUUUAUCGUACUUAUGA